AUGAAAAGUCUUAUAAGCUUUCUAGCCCUUAUAUGACUAGCUAUUGGAGAUCCUACAAGAACUGCUAAAGAUGGAAGCUUGGAUCCAGGAAAAAUCAGAUGGUGGAAAGACAGUUGGGCUCCUAAUCCGAUUGAGCUCUCUCAAACCAACUCUGGGACUUCCAGUGGUGUUACUGUCACUGUCAAUUUUAGACCUCAAACAUCUUUACCAACAACUGGAAAUAUGGGGAUUGUUAUUGUGACUGUACCAUCAGCUUUUUCAAGCACAACAACUUAUACUUCUGGCUCUAUGGCAAUAAAGGCAAAUACUGAUACUUCGUAUUCUUUUACUUUGACAACAUCUUUACCUUCUGCCGCAGUCUACGGGCCUUUCCAAAUUGUGACUAAAACUUCAACGUCUGGGCAAAUCUAUGACGCAAACUACGUUUUCGGUUGUGUCGCAGUUUCAGCCUCAGUGUCUUCAGCUUCUGCGAAUUCUUUGACAGUAAAUGCAGUCACUUUGACCUCUAAUACAGCUUAUGUUGGCUCCUCUGAUGGACUUUACUUCACUUUUACAAUUCCUGCUGGCACUAAUCUUUGGAAACACGACAUUUUUGAAAUAAUCCCUGACAGCCGCUGAACAAUUCCUUCAAGCCCAACCUGUGCUUCUGUUGAUAUUUCAGGCACUACUAACAAUAUCAAAGGUCCUAAAGGAGACAAUAGCCUACCUUGUGCUAUUGCAGCUACUGGAGCGGUUAACGGAGGAUAUAAAACUGCUAAAUCAACCGCAACUCCUGCUACAAACAGUAUUUAUAUAUAUGGGCUUUCUCAAGACGUGCUUAUAACAUCAAGUUAUCAGGUCAAGCUUCAAGUUUCCAGCUUUACUUUGCCUUCUUCAGCUGUUUCAUCAUCUAGCUUCAGUUGGAAUCUAAAAAUCUGGAGAUGGGGAACCACAAAUUUGCUUGCUCAAUAUGCUGGAACUGGGCCAUUGACACCAGCCGCUGGAACUAUAACAGUAAGCUCAUGGGCUCCAUAUAAUUCUAAAUUGCAAUCAGCAGAUAUCCCAAAUACUACUAACUUAUUUUAUAUCUUUACUACGCUCACUUUGCAAACAGCUCAUCCAAUUACAACUGGAUCAAUUACUAUUACCUUUAACAGCAACGUAGAUAUUAUUGGCGGCAAAUGGUGGCAAGACGCUUAUGAUAAUUCAGGGUCAAAUAAUAAAGCCUUAUGCUUUUUGAAUACCUAUGCAAAUGGUGUGACUUGCUCUGUGGAUAGUACGAAUCAAGUUGCAAAAAUAACUUUUUUUGAAAAAAGUUCUGGUCUCAAGGCUAAUACAGCAAUUUCUAUUACUCUUUUAGCAAAACUAAGCUCAGGUGCUAAAAUUUCUUCAAUAACAAGCAAUGACGCAACUACUUCUACCAAUCUUAUUGAUCAGUUGACUACAGCGUACUCUUGGAUAUUUAGCAGCUCAGAUGCCACCACAUCUUUAACGACAAUGAAUGAUUUCCAGUUUUAUGCAGUUGGUGGAACUGCUUCUGCGAGUUCUAGUGCGCCUGGAUCAGUCAAAUAUAAAGAUACAACAACAGCAGCAAACUGGAAAGCAGGCUUACAAAUAGGAGGUAAUCUAGCUACUACUCAAUUCUUGGUUGGGUCUGCAACGCCAACUAAAACCUGGGUUGCCAAUUAUAAUUUAGUUGUAAACUUGUCUUUUGCAGACUCAGGAGGAGUGCAACUUAACCAACUUUACAUCAAGAAAACUGCACAGUUUUUUGAUGUUGCUACAGCCAGUGGAUCUACAAGCAAUAUUGCAAUUUCCUCGUCCACAUCCUCUGCCAGUGUGCUAAAAGCUGGAACCCCAGGAUCAAUUAGCAUUACAAUUGCCUCAGGCUCUGUUCCAGCAUCAACCUAUACUUAUGUAUUUGCAUAUGGAGAUCCAACAAACGCGGAUACUAUGGUUACUGCUCUCCCAUUCGUCACUUCAAAUCUUGCAACCUUCUAUGAGAUUUGGGUUAAGGCAUCUCCCCCUUCAGGAACUACAGCACCCUCUGAGUUUUUCAACUACGUUUAUUCAGUUGUUCCUGGAUCAACAACAGAUUCCAGCUUAACAUAUUCUCCGUUAUGCACAGACAAAUCAGUCGGAGUCCCAAUUUAUGCAACUUAUCAUGCACUUGCUCUGACAUUCAACUUUGCAGACUCAAAAUAUCACUAUUAUCUUGAUAUUGCUUUUACUAGUUCCUCAAUCCCUACUAAUUUAGGUAGUGGCUUAGAUAAUGGAAGCGCUUUCCCUGUAGCCUCAGCAACCACUGGGUAUUCUCCAACCGCCACCAUUUCUGGGAAUGUAGUCACUAUUUCUGGGCUUGGAUCUGUGAGUGCGGGCACUUCAGUUAAUAUGCUCCUCCCGAGUGGAAACAAUGUAGGCUCCAAAGGAACCCUGACUUUUUAUUAUAGAGGUUUCCUCUAUAUAGCGCUGAAAGCGCAGACAUUUUCCCAGGAGCUUUCCAAGUUCGUCGGACCAAAUCGCUUUUUGGUCCGACCAAGGCAUUGAUUUGGUGCAACCAACCGAUAAAUUCCGAUCAGAAUUUAUCGGCCUUGCAGCGCCAAACAUAGGAAACUUCUAUAUCUUUUAGAUGGAGCAGACCCUUCAAAUAAGAUGGUCUUAUAUACAAAUUCGGUAUCAGAUUCUCUUGCUGCUACUACUACAAAUGUAUUCUCCUCAGCAACAAUUACAAGUCCUUCCAGUGGUUAUACUGUAGCAACUUCUUCGGCUACCACUCUAAACCUCAAGUUUGGAACAGAUAACACACAAAUCUCUAAUUAUGUUGGAAUUGGCUUGUCUCCAGGUUUUACUUUGCCAAGUAGCUAUACAUUGACUAUAGGAUCAACACCAACAACAUUAUCACCAGUUUAUGGUAUUUCUUCGUCAAGCAGCACCUUUAAAGGCGGGUUCGUUGUUGGAUUCAUUCCAGGCUCAGCCACAGUCAAAAUUACUCCCCUCUUUAGGCUAGCAGAACUCUUUUAAAAAAUCUGAAUUUUAAAAAUAUCAAAUCCUGAGUCAUUACGAAAAUAUUUUUUGACAUAUUGCGUAUUAAAUUAUUUUUUAAAAUAUUUUCGAAUUUUCAAUUUCUUAUAUAAAAUUUAGCAUUUUUCUAAAGGAGAAGUUGGAACCACUGCUCUUGAUUUGAAAUUAAGUAGUUUAAAUGCUCCAUUGACUACUGGAGCGAGUUCAGAUGCUAAUACAGGCGGAAGUUUUGUUGUGUAUGCAACAGGCGCAAUGGGAGCAGCAUGUGUAGCUAUUAACUCAGUUUCUAAUCAGGUAAAUGCUGCUAAAAUUACAACAGAUUCAUGCUCAACGGACAAGUCAUACACUCAAGGUUCAGAUUCAGUUGAUUCUACUCUAACGCUUUCAUUUACCGCUAUAAAUCCAAUCCCUGCUGAUGGUAGUAUUGUUUUUACUAUAUCAAGCUCAUUCAGUGUUUUCACCUCAAGUUCAUCAUUCCCUCUUACAACUUGUCAAGGAGUUGGGUUAACUGACUACUCUUCAACUGUAGCUCAAAAAUGCGAAGUAACUUCAACACAAAUUAAACUGUCUAAAUUUUCUCAAAUUGCUGCAGGUUCAGUCAGUGUAAAAGUUUACCAUGCAGUCCCAUCCUCCACCUCUGCAACGGCAUUAACUUGCUUUUCAGCUGUAAAUACUUAUGAUUCAAAUGGCUAUCUUAUAGACUCUGUAACUAGUAGUUUACAGAACACUCUUACAGCUACCACAUCAUCUCAAGCAGGUACCACAAAUACCAAUUCUUUUACAUCUAAAGCCUAUCCAAAUGUAGCUGGGGCUGUGGCUGAUAUAUAUCUUACCUUUUCGUUAUCAAAGGCUGUCCCUCAGUAUGGCAUCAUAACUAUUACUGCAGGAUUUGUCAGCUCAUUAUCCUACUCCUCUGGAGAUAUCUCAAGUUCUUGCUGGACUGACCAAGACUAUUAUUCUUGCCAAGCUUCAGGCACUUCGAUUAGUAUACAAUUAAGCAAUGCUCUUGCUGCAAAUACGGCAAUGAAGGUUUACCUGGAUAUGGCUUUAACUCUUCCUACCUCCAAUUCUACAUCCACAGGCUGGACAAUUAAAUCCUCGUGGGGUGAAGUCUCAAUCACAGCUGAUUCUACUUCUGCAUCCCCUGCAACAUUCCAACAGGUAAUAGGAACUGCUGUAAGCAACGCUAUCACUUUAAGCUCAGUUGCCGCUGUUAACUCACAAACUGCAGAUGAGACGACUUCUUAUACCUUUACUUUCACAUCAGCUGUUUUGGUGGCUACGACUGAUUCCUUUGUGAUUGAGUUCCCUAAAGACUUUAGCCCUCUUCUUGGACUUGCUAGUGCUGUAUUCCCUGACUGCUCACCUAAUAACUACUAUACUACUUGCAGCUCAACUGCUUUAGGAAUUUCUAGCGGAACUUAUUGCAGCGUUGACCAUUGGAAACUUACUGUCACUGGAAUUACUAAGGGAACAUCUGCGACUACUACAAAUAUUGAUAUUACUGUGGAUGGAAUCCAAAACCCAGCAUCAGUUUCUGGAAAAUUCAACUUAUACCAAUAUGGCUCAGAUGGAUCUGUUAAGGCUUAUAUACAGAAAACAGGUUCACUGACUAUUGCAAGUCUUCCAUCAACGAUUGUUUCUCUUAAAGAUGCCACAGUGGAUACUACAACUCUGUCGAAAUCAGCUACGUAUACAUUUGAUUUCUACCUUUCCUCAUCCACCACCUUUACUACAGACCACAUCAUCUCAAUCUAUUUCCCAUCGCAAUUCAACAAUAAAUUAAGAAACGGAAGCACAGUUCCUUGCAAGUCUGUCUACUAUGACGAAUCAUCCUCAUCUACCAGCACCACAACAAGCAAUACUUUAAGCUCUGCAACCUCAUGUUCAGUCUCAGGAAGCAACGUCACCCUUGCCUUCCCAAGCUCAUUGACCACAGCUACUGCAACAACCUCCAGAAUUCAACUCCAACUGACAGGUUUCUAUAACCCUGAAUCAGGCAUAUCAAGAACCGCUGGGUGGGAUAUAUCUGAUUAUUCCACUUUUAGCUCGUCUAAAUUUGACCAAUACAGUAAUAAGUUUUCUAUUGCAAUCAACCAAAACAGUAAAACUCAGAUUUACGCAGAAAGCUGGCCUAACCUUAACUCAGCCUUUAUUGGAGUACACUUGUAG